AUCAUGGAAAAGUCCUUGGCAGAGUUCCACAAGGCCGGCUCGCAGUCCACGACGUCGCUUCCACCCGAGCCGGUGGACAUCGUCCGUAGCAAGUCAUGCUUCAGGAGGGUCCGCCUCAACGUGGGCGGCCUCCCGCACGAGGUCCUGUGGCGAACGCUGGACAGGCUCCCGCGGACGCGUCUGGGCAAGCUGCAAGAUUGCAGCAGUCACGAGUCUCUGAUGGAAGUGUGCGAUGACUACAACCCGGACGAGAACGAGUUCUUCUUCGACCGCCACCCGGGCGCCUUCACGUCCAUCCUCAACUUCUACCGCACGGGGAAGCUGCACAUGAUGGAGGAGAUGUGCGCCCUGUCCUUCAGUCAAGAACUCGACUACUGGGGCAUCGACGAGAUCUACCUGGAGUCCUGUUGCCAGGCCAGGUACCACCAGAAGAAGGAGCAGAUGAACGAGGAGCUGAAAAGGGAAGCGGAUAAUAUAAAGGACCGAGAGGGGGAAGAAUUCGACAACACGUGCUGUGCGGAGAAACGCAAGAAACUGUGGGACCUGCUGGAGAAGCCCAGCUCGUCUGUUGCUGCAAAGAUCCUGGCUAUCAUCUCCAUUCUCUUCAUCGUGUUGUCCACCAUCGCUUUGUCUCUCAACACUCUACCGGAACUGCAGGACACAGAUGAGUACGGCCACUUCACCGACAACCCCAAGUUGGCUCACGUGGAAGCGGUGUGCAUUGCAUGGUUCACCAUGGAGUACCUGCUCCGCUUCCUUUCCUCUCCCAACAAAUGGAAGUUCUUCAAGGGUCCUUUGAACGUCAUCGAUCUACUGGCCAUCCUGCCGUACUACGUCACCAUCUUCUUGACGGAAUCUAACAAGAGCGUGUUGCAGUUUCAGAACGUCCGUCGUGUAGUUCAGAUAUUCCGGAUCAUGCGAAUCCUGCGCAUUCUCAAGCUUGCCCGUCAUUCCACAGGACUUCAGUCUCUGGGCUUCACCCUGAGGAGAAGCUACAAUGAGCUGGGCCUACUUAUUCUUUUUCUUGCCAUGGGUAUCAUGAUCUUCUCCAGUCUCGUGUUCUUCGCCGAGAAGGAUGAGGAGGACACAAAGUUCAAAAGCAUUCCAGCUUCUUUCUGGUGGGCAACUAUAACCAUGACCACCGUAGGCUAUGGAGACAUCUACCCGAAAACUCUACUUGGUAAGAUAGUCGGGGGUUUAUGCUGCAUAGCAGGAGUACUGGUAAUAGCGCUCCCUAUUCCCAUUAUUGUAAACAACUUCUCAGAAUUCUACAAGGAGCAAAAGAGACAGGAAAAAGCACUUAAACGUAGAGAGGCCCUUGAGAGGGCAAAGAGAAAUGGUAGCAUUGUUUCCAUGAACUUGAAGGAGGCUUUUGCCCGUAGUGCAGAACUGAUGGAUGUGGUGGUGGAAAAGAAUGCUAGACCUCAUGAUAACCACCUCUCACCGGGCCGUUGGAAAUGGACUCCAAAGAGAGCCGUUUCGGAAACGAGCUCCAAUCGUUCUUUCAACGUCCAGGACUCUCCGAACAAGGGCCGAAGCAGCAGCCCCCAAAACUUAAAUGUUCAGAAGCUGGAGGAGAUGUACACCCAAAUGGCCAAGACGCAGUCACAACCAAACCUCAAUGCUAAAGGUUCCAGGGUUGGAAAACAAAGGGACGAGAUAGAGCUAGGAGCCAUACAGGAUCAUGGUCAAUCAGUGCUGGGAACCACAGACGGGGUGAGCGACAUGAAAAGUUUGUCCAGUCUUGACAGCUACAUCAGUUGUGCUACAGACUUUCAGGAGAAUCCACGCUUCCCUCAGGGUACAACAAUGGACCUUUGCUAUGGUGAAAGCAACCGGUUCUCAUAUAAUCCAGCUGUAGCUUUUCCUCAUCACUCUUUGGCGAAACCAGGCCAACAAAGCACCGCUGCACCUAUGUUGACUCCCAUCCCCGUUCCUAAACCCUCAUGCUCAGAAAAUGCAAGAAGAUUCUUAUUCUCUGGCAAAGCCUCCAAAAGUCUUUUCUCCAAAGGAGGCUGUCGGAAUGAGAUGGAUCCCGGACCAUCGGCAUUCUCAGACAGCUCCAUCCUGGCCGACCACUCUCUGUUGAGCCCUGAAGUUUCGGUCUACACCACAGCCAGCAGCAGGACCCCACCAAAGUCCCCGGAGAGCGCCACCCUGGCUCCUGCAGUCUUCACCUUCCACGACUCUUCCAUAAGUAAAUACAUUGACGCCGACACGGAUGACGACGAACACCUGCGUGACAUCUCCGACGCCAGCCCCACGGAUUGCCUGCUGAUCGGCUCCAGCCCCAAACGCGGCAUCAACAUCAACUACCAGAGAGCCACCAACCACUUGGAAGCAGCUCAUAAAAUGCUUGGACAAAACUGUCUUUUUCCCCGGGAAGGAAUUUGCGGGGUUCCCCACGAGAAUCACGUUGGUCCAGAAAUAGGACGUAGACAAAAGGGGGAAAGGGGCCGCCAAAAUACUUUGGACAAAAGCUACUGA